GUAAACGACAACAUUUUGUUUUUCUGCAUAUCAAGUCAUAAAGUGUCGAAAGAAAGUCGUCGUUGAAAUUUUCACGAAUCGAGACUUCAGCAGUAAAUAAAUUCUGAAAUAUGUUUCGCCUUCUUGUGGUGGUGACGGUGCUCUUUAUGAAGACUGACACGCAAUUUCCAGAAUUUUUCUGGAGUUGGCGAGGAAUAACUGACUCCAAAUUGCAAAAACUUCCUUCAGAUAAUAAUUUUCCUUCAGUACAUUUGACCAAUUUCAAAAAUGUAUAUUAUUAUGGCUCUAUUGGAAUUGGAACUCCACAGCAAGAAUUUAAAGUUGUAUUUGAUACUAGUUCCUCAUAUCUUUGGAUAUUUUCCAAAAAAUGCACAGUUGGUUUGGCACGUUCUCGAUAUGAUAAUACAUUUUCCGACUCAUAUAUACCAAAUAAUACUAAGAUUGACAUAGAAUACAUCCAUUACAGUAUACAUGGAUUCCUAUCUAAUGAUAUGGUGAAUGUUGCCAACCUCAACGUAAAGAAUCAAACCUUUGUAGAAAUGGUAAACUUAAACUUGAAAAUAUUUAAUUUCUAUUUAAAUAUACUUGACGAAAAAUUUGAUGGUCUCAUGGGCCUGAGUUAUUCCAAUAUAUCUGAGAAUGCAAUAACGACUGUCUUCGACAACAUGAUUGAACAAGGUUUAGUGUCAUCACGCAUUUUCAGUUUUUAUCUAAAUAGAAAUGCUUCAGCCUAUUUAGGUGGUAAAUUGAUAUUCGGUGGUUCCGAUCCUGCUUAUUACGAAGGGGAUAUUACAUAUAUUCCUAUUACUAACAAAGGAUGGCAAUUUGCUAUUGAUAGUAUCCAAAUAAAUGGUUUAACCUGGAGCGGGCAAGGCUGCCAAGCUAUUGUUGACACAAGUACUUGGAAAAUAAUUGGACCAGAAAGGGAUGUUUCACUUAUUAAUAAAGUUAUUAAAAUUAAUUCACAGAGAAGUGUGGACUGCGAUCGAAUUUUUCAAUUGCCUACAGUCAGGUUUAAUUUGGGUGGUAAGACGUUCGAUCUUACCGGAAAAGAUUAUAUCAUUCGGCAUCCAUAUGAUGAAAGUAUAUGUAUAACCGUCUUCUGGAAACACGAUAGUGAAACAUAUGAUAGUGAAACAAAAUGGAUUCUGGGAAUGCCAUUUAUUGGCCGCUACUACACCGAGUUUGACAUGGAGAAAAAACGAGUGGGAUUUGCUUUGGCGAAAAAUAAUGUUCUUUAUGUUAUUUCAAGGACACUUCUCUGGAAUUGGUGGGGAAUAACUAACCCCUUAUUGCAAAAAGUUCCUUCAGAUGUUAUUUUUCCUUCGAUACGUUUGACCAAUUUCAAAAAUAUAGCUUACUAUGGCGCUAUUAAAAUUGGAACUCCACCGCAAAACUUUAAAGUUGUAUUUGAUACUAGUUCCCCAUAUCUUUGGAUAUUUUCCAAAAAGUCCUCAAAUCCUCUUGUUUCGGUACGUAGUCAAUAUGAUAAUACGGAUUCUUACACAUACAUAUCAAAUAAUACUCAUGUUUAUAUGUUAUACAACGAUUAUAAUGCAACAGGAUUCAUAUCUUCUGAUGCAGUGAAUGUUGCCAACCUCAACGUAAAGAUGCAAACAUUUAUAGAAGUGGUAAACGUAUUAUACGUAAAUAUAUUUAAUUUCUAUGUAAAUAUACUUUACCGAAGGUUUGAUGGUUUCAUGGGCCUGAGUUAUUCCGAUAUAUCUGUCGAUGGAAUAACGCCUGUCUUCAACAACAUGAUUCGACAGGGACUAGUGUCAUCACGCAUUUUCAGUUUUUAUCUAAAUAGAAACGCUUCAGCCGAUUUCGGUGGUAAAUUGAUAUUCGGUGGUUCCGAUCCUGUUUAUUAUGAAGGAAGUUUUAGAUAUGUUCCUGUUACUCGCAGAGGAUUCUGGCAAUUUACCAUUAAUAAUAUCCGACUAAAUAAUUUUACUUGGUGCGAGCAAAGCUGCCAAGCUAUGGUUGACACAAGUACUUGGAAAAUAAUUGGACCAGAAAAGGAUGUUUCACUUAUUAAUCGACUUAUUGAAAUUAAUACACAUGGAAGUGUGAAUUGCAAUAGAAUUUUUCAUUUGCCCACAAUCACGUUUAAUUUGGAUGGUAAGGCGUUCGAUCUUACCGAUAGAGAUUAUAUCAUUCGGCAUCCAGAUGAUGAAAGUAUGUGUAUAACCGUCUUCUCGAAAUCAAGAUUCAUGAAUCAAGAUCUAAACAUGAUUAUGGGAUCCUACACAUAUAUAUCAAAUCGUAUUAAGAUUGGAAUGGGAUACUUUGAUUACAAUAUACAUGGAUUCCUAUUUACUGAUACACUGAAUGUUGCCAACCUCUAUAUAAAGAAUCAAACAUUUGCAGAAGUGGUAUACGUAUCAAACGUAAAUAAUUUUAAUUUAUAUGUAAAUAUACUUGACCGAAAAUUUGAUGGUCUCUUGGGCCUGAGUUAUUCCAGUAUAUCUGUCGGUGGAAUAACGUCUGUCUUCGACAACAUGAUUGAACAAGGUUUAGUGUCAUCACGCAUUUUCAGUUUUUAUAUACAUAGAAACGCUUCAGUCAGUUUCGGUGGUAAAUUGACAUUCGGUGGUUCCGAUCCUGCUUAUUACGUAGGAGGUUUUACAUAUGUUCCAGUUACUAAGAAGGGAUACUGGCAAUUUACCCUAGAGAGUAUCGACAUGAAUGAUUUUAUUUGGUGCGAGAAAAGCUGCCAAGCUAUCGUUGAUUCAAGUGCUUGGCAAAUAAUGGGACCACAAACUGAUAUUUUAUAUAUUAAUCAUCUUAUUGGAACUAAUACACAGGGAAGAGUGGACUGCAAUCGAAUUUUGGAAUUACCUACAAUCAGGUUUAAAUUGGGUGGUAAGACGUUCGAUCUUACUGCUAAAGAUUACAUCAUUCGAUAUCCAUUUGAUGAAAGUAUAUGUAUAACCGUCUUCUGGGAACACGACCGAUUUGAAUGUAUCGGUAAUGUAGAGGUAGAAUGGAUUCUGGGCACGCCAUUUAUGGGCCGUUACUACACCGAGUUUGAUAUGGAAAAAGAUCGAGUGGGAUUUGCUUUGGCGAGAAAUAUAUAGAAUUCAUCAAAAUGUAUAGAAAAUCUUUCAUUGUCAUCUUUUGUUGUAUACAUUAUCAUCAUUUUUUAAAUUAUUUAUUUAGUUUUCAAUAAGAAAAAACUUAAUCUCUUUUAGUCAACUGACGAAGUUCCCAUAUCACUAUGAAUUUUUGCGUAGUAUGUACAUAAUUGUGUUUUAAUUUUCAACCGCAAUACUUUACCGUAAAUGCAGCUGAUUGCUAAUUAGAAUGCGAAUUUUUACGAGUUAUGUCAUUCGUUAAAAUCAUUGUUACAUGGCCGUCUAAUCGAUAUAAUCAAUCUAUUCUUUCGAAAAGCUGAUUUUUCCUUCAUUAUCAAUUUUCAUCACGUGCGUAUUUAAUAAUUUAUUUUAAUACAAUUUGUUUCAAUUAUAAAACAAAAUGUCAAAUAAAAUAUUUUUAAAUUUGAUUGAUCGAUAGGACGGAUGAUCGAUAACGGAUAUGUUUCGAAUGCGCGCGAUUGUAUAUAUAACAGCCGCCAAAUGUCGGUAAAUGAUAACUUUAGCAAUCGAGUACAAUUUCUGUUUUGUAUGUCGCAACGUAUAGAAAGAAAUUUGCCAGAAAUUUCGAAAACAUAUUCCGCUGUCUCGUUGUUGUUAUGAUUCUGAUCGACGCGGAAAUCCAAAGCUACGUUUAUAUUGUAUUGUAUG